AUGCUGUUCCACGCGGCGGGCGCGGAGGGCAGUCGGCCGACGUUCUUCGAGAUGGCUGCGGCGGACUUCCUCCCCGCCUCGCUACAAGCCGCCGCGCUAUACGCUCUAGGGGUAUUGGCACAGCACCGCCCCUCGCUGCACUGCUGCUCGCUGCACCGCCUUUUGGACCAUAGCCACGAGCUCUCUGCUGCCGCUUUGAGACCCUUUCCUUAUCCUUCAACCUUUUCCCACUCGCUACAAACCACACUCUACAUCUCACCAUGUCGUCCCACCAUCUGCAACCCUCCCUCUGUGUUCUCCUCACGUGACUCCCUCCCCUCUCUUCCCUCACAGGUGGUCGUGAUUGGUCUCGACCAAUCAGACGCCUUCCUGGUGCUGGGGUCAGACGGCCUGUGGGAGUAUGUGGGGGAUGACGAGGCGAUAGGGGUGGUGGUGGCGGCGGGGAGCAUAGAGGCGGGAGUGAAGGCGCUGCUGGCCUUGGCCAAGGAGCGGUGGCUGAAGAGAGAUGGGGCGGGGUAUGUUGAUGAUGUCACUGCUCUGGUCGUGGGGUUCACACACAGGAAGGUGUAG